UCUUAUACUACUAACGAUGGGAAUUCUAUUAACAGUGCAUAUAUCAUAUCAUCAGAAGAAGUUUCGAGAUGUUUUUGUCGACUCUGUCACGAAAAACCCGAUUCUAUCUUAUAAUGAAGUGAAGUUGGAGUUCCCCGUUAUUUUAAUCGACUUGCGCUUUCUUAGAAGUUUACCCAAGAAGAGAUGGGAUCCAAACGAAGACAAUAUCAAAAUUGCCGUGCAUAUUCGGGAUGGAGACAAAUUGCCUCAAGAGUAUCUGCAAAGAUAUGAAAUUGUUUACUACGAGCAACCAUUGAACAAAAGUUACUUACUUUUCCAAGACGAAGUGACGCGCAUAAUCCCAAACAUUUCUUUGGAAUCCUACGGGAACCUUUCCAUUCCGCAAGAUGUGGAGCAAUUUGCCAAGUUUUGGGAAAGAUCUGAAAUUAGAAGAUGCAUUGGAUUGGAAAUUGAAAGAUCUCAAAUGAAGCCAUAUCUACCUGUGAAGAAAACGUUGCAAAAUAUGAUACUCCUGCAGGAGUAUCUUAUUUCACUCAACGUCUAUCCGUUCUUAUUCGGUGGUACAUUGCUGGGAUGGUUUCGAGAGUGUGGCAUCAUACCUCACACCAAAGAUAUAGACUUCGCAGCUUUUAUCGAAGAAUAUAAGCCGGAAGUGCUAGAGGAGUUGCAAAAGAACAAAAAGUUAUUUCUCUGGCGAGUACUUGGAAAACCAAGUGAUUUUUUCGAAUUUACCUUGAAACCUUUGGAUCGCGGGGAGCCUCUAAUGGACUUGUUCUGGUUGUUCAGCUCCAAAAAUGAGUCUUGGACGGGAGGCCUCAAGGGUGAUGACGGAACGAAAUACAAGUAUACAUAUCCUAGAAUAAGGAAGAUAUGCGCAUGUGAUUUUCUUGGACAUCUGUUCUGGGUUCCUUGCGAUCUAGUAGCAUUUCUAUCAAUGGAAUAUGGACCAAAAUGGUACUUGGACUACCCAACAAGCGAGUUUAUCUGGUAUAAGUCUCAUUACAAUAUCAAGAUGAACGGGAAACUCAAUUCCAAGGAACUGAAAGAGUUGCAGAAAUAUUACAAGUGAUGCUACUGAGACUGGUUGUCUACAAAGAAGAAAAUACUGUUCACAAGAAAUUGAUCAACGUAUUUUUACUCAAGGAUGAAGAAUGUUUAACAUUUUGCAUGCUUGAUUAACAUAUGAACCUCACCAGUAAUUUACUGCUUUUGUUCGUUUUUCUUUUUGUUCGGAAAUAAA